AUGUUCAUUGGGCUUCACCCGGCAAGCCACGACCACUUUGAGCGCACUGUUUACAACAUCGCCAAUCCUCACCAUGCCAGCUACGGCCGACACCUUUCCCGCGACGAAGCCAAGGCUCUGCUGCUGCCUCCUGCCGGUGCGUCCGAGGAGGUCAAGCGCUGGCUGCUCAGCGAAGGAGUCGGCGAGGGCCAACUCGUUGAUCGAGGGCAGUGGCUUCAGGCCCACGUACCGAUGCAUGUCGCCAGAGCUGUGUCCACUACCCCAUCCAGCUUAGCGAAGCGUGGCCUCGAUACCGUGCCACAAGAUGUCCGUCGCCACAUCUCGCACGCACAGAGAGCGCCCAUGUCCAGCGUAGGAAGGGGCACGGAGCACAAGCGCGAGGCUCCCACCCAUGGUACCAACGCAGCUCGCGCCUCUACGGAUGGAUUUAACCCGGAUCCUGACAUGGACGUCUGCAAAGACACUGUCAUCCCUGAAUGUCUUUUCGAACUCUACAACAUUCCCGACCCCCCAGUCAAGGUCAACCCAAACACUCGAUUUGGCAUUGCUGGGUUCAAUCAAACUGCACAACACUCUGAGCUCGAGGAGUUCAUCCGUCGCUUCGCCCCCUUUGCGGAGGGCGCCAACUUCACCACUGUCCCUCUCAACGGAGGCUCCAACCCGCAAGGCAACAACUAUCCCUCUGGCGAAGCGAACCUGAACAUCCAGCAGGCGGUCGGCAUGGCCGCUGGACUGGACAUUCGCUUCAUGCCUGUCGGUGGCGCAUACUAUGACUACAUUCCUGAUCUCGAUGUUGGUCCUGGCUACGGCUUGGAGGACUUCCUAACGUUUGCGACCUCUCUUCUCGAUCUUCCGGACGACGAACUUCCUCAGGUUGUGUCCAUGUCGUACAGCAUGCACGAGCAGGUCCUGGGCGCGGAGUACUGCCGCACCGCCUGUGACAUCUUUGGCCAGCUCGGCGCGCGUGGCGUCAGCGUCAUUUCCGCGUCUGGCAACCAUGGCGUGGGCGGCUCAUGUCAGUCCAACGAUGGUCUGAAUACGACGACAUUUACCGUGACUUUCCCUGGAAUAUGCCCGUACGUCACCGCUGUUGGCGGGACGGUGCAGAACCAGCCCCAGACAGCCUUCAACAUUUCGAGUGGUGGGUUUUCCAGAAUAUUCGACCGUCCCGAGUGGCAGGACGACGCUGUGAGUGCGUAUCUCGAGAAGCUCGGAGAUCAAUGGGAAGGGCUGUACAACCCCAACGGUGCCGCAUACCCCGACGUUGCUGCUAUGGCUUGGGGGUAUCCGGAGAUGAACCACGGAGCUGUCGAGGUGACAGGUGGUACAAGUGCUGCCACGCCGGUGUUUGCUUCCAUCAUUGCUCUCUUGAACAAUGAGCGCUUCAACCAGGGCAAGCCUGCCAUGGGAUUCCUCAACCCAUGGAUCUACAGCAUUGGCAAUGUCGGUUUCACAGAUAUCACCGAAGGCAAAACAAUUGGCUGCACAGGCACAAGCUACGAAGGCCUGCCCUCUUCAUACGUACCCGAUGCCGGCUGGAGCGCUGUCGAGGGAUGGGAUCCUACCACUGGAUUUGGAACGCCUCUCUACGACCGUCUCAAGAAGCUCGCCUGCAAGUGA